UUAAGAAUGUACAAGGUCGCACUUAUUAUAUUAUAUCUACUUGCUAGGUGUUGAUUCCACUACCGCGGAGUAGCUUUUCGGAAUUCGAGAGACUUUUAAGUUCUGAGGCACUUAUUGUUAACGAAGGUCACAUGAUAGGUAGAUGGUUUUCGAUCUAAGUAGAAACAGGUACAAAAAAAUACAUAUAUAAAGUAGUGAGGACAAAGAACGGUCAGUAUGUAAGGGUGGAUUACUAGACCCUAAAAAUAAAGCAAUGCAUUGUAUGUAUUGCAAUUGCAGGGAAACGUGAAAGGAUAGGAUUGGAGAGCAAGCUGCAUCGGAACCAAUUAACAAUAAUUUAUAAAUAUAAAGGUCACAUGGCUUUACUUCGUAUGCCUCCAAAUUGCGCGGACACAUCAUCUUCAACAUACUUUCCCACGGUGUGUGUUGUAGAGUGUUAUAUAAAAUCAAACAUUGUGAAGGAGAUUGAAACAAUGAAGACCAAAACCGCCUUCUACAGUCUAACGUUGAUUGUCGGACUGCUGUUGUUUGGAACGGGCUACUUUCUACACCGGCGAGUAGCAGGCAAUUUACUCCAGUCACAACGGGAUGUCUACAAGACAAGACUUCGUGUAAGUGGUAGUACUACUAACAUCACAAUAACAGGACCAACCAUCGAGAGGACCACAGUAGAACCAGUCGUCAAUCCCCAUCUGUUUAAUUUUACAAUACGCAACCAAGCUGCCUGCUUCAAUAGGAGCAACUCAAACGGAGAACUCUUCUUGGUUUUGCUAGUCAAAUGUGCGCCGUUCGAGAAGUUGGACCGGGAGCAAAUCCGGAAAACUUGGGGAGGUGUGGAGGAGGUGCUCGGUAGACGGGUCCUGACGAUGUUUCUUCUGGGGGAGUCAACGGACCCCAUAAUUCGGAAACAAAUUCAAGAGGAGGACAGUACAUUUCACGAUCUUAUCCAAGAAGAUUUCAUCGAUAAUUAUAAAAAUCUGACUUGCAAGAACAUGAUGGGACUGAAGUGGGUCUCGAUGUACUGCCCUCAAACCAGCUUUGUAGUCAGUGUAGAUGCUGACAUGGUGAUAAAUAUUGUUACACUGGUGAAACGUCUGUCCACAAUGCCUAAGACUAACUUUGCCGAAGGACAUCUCAGGACAGAUACCCCCAUAAUCAGGAAGAAGAAACAUAAGUGUUUCGUGCCAAAGGAGGAGUGGGCCGAUAACUUGUAUCCACCUUUUCUCAUGGGCGCUUGCUACGCAAUGUCUCGAGAUGCAGUUGUGAGUGUCUUCGAUGUAUCGAAAUAUAUACCGUUCCUUCGUCUUGACGAUGUGUUUGUGGGGAUCUGUUUGACAAAAGCCGGUGUCCAUAUGAGGUAUUCACCACUGUACCAGCAAUAUGUGAGUGUGGAAAAUGCCUUAAAAAGAGGCAUUGGGAUCGGGAUAGCUCACAACAGGGAUCAUCUCAACCAACCAGCGCUCAAACUGUGGCACAAAAUGGUUGGAUCACAAAUUCAGGACAUGUCAAAAUGAUAAUAAUGGCCCUCUGUGAACAAUCUUUCCCACCUGGGACCAAUUUCGUAGAGCUGCUAAG